UCUGCCUUAUUAGCCAAUAGAUUAAUGUGGACAUGAGUUUAAAGGCAGUGCUGUUUAGAGAUCUGCUUAUCUUUGCAGGUCACAAUGGAUCGAGGAGUAUUGAGAGUGAUUUUGUUGGCCGUUUUUCUCAUUUCUGCCACUUCAGAUCCUGUUAAGAAGAAACCAAAAGUGGAUAUUUACAGUUUUAACAUUAACUCUACUGUGACCAGUCGCUACGCCACCACAAUCAUCACAAGCCGUGUGGCAAACAGACUUAAUGAAUCUCAGGAGAUCUUCUUUGAAGUGAAGAUACCCAAGAAUGCCUUCAUCAGCAAAUUCAGAAUGACUAUAGAUGGAAAGAGCUAUGAUGGAGUUGUGAAGGAGAAAGCAGACGCGCAGCAGCAGUACAGUCAAGCAGUUUCACGAGGACAAAGUGCUGGACUCAUCAAGUCUGUUGGAAGGACUUUAGAAGAAUUUAAAACAUCAGUGAAUGUGGCCGCUCUCAGUAAAGUCACAUUUGAGUUAACAUAUGAGGAACUGCUAACGCGUCGCCUUGGCAAAUAUGAGCUGCUCAUCAAUGCACAACCAAUGCAGACGGUGGCAGAUUUUAAGAUUAAUGUACACAUCCAUGAGAAACCAGGAAUUUCCUUCUUGGAAGUGAAAGGAGAUCUGAGCACCAAUGAUCUGGCCAAUGCCAUCAAAACCACCAGAGCUGACAAAGAUGCAUGGGUGACCUUUUUCCCCACUCGAGAUCAGCAGAGAAGUUGCAAAAACUGUGAUAAAAAUGGGUUGAAAGGAGACCUGCUCAUUACAUACGAUGUUGAAAGACAAAAUCCUAAUGGAGAAAUGACAGUAUCAAACGGAUAUUUUGUGCACAACUUUGCACCCUCAAGUCUUCCACGCAUUUCCAAAAAUGUAGUGUUUAUCAUUGACCGAAGUGGCUCUAUGCGCGGCAAAAAAAUCGAGCAGACGCGUUUGGCACUGCUGAGGAUUUUGAGUGAUCUUUCUGAGGACGAUCACUUUGGAUUGAUCACCUUUGACCAUCAAAUUGAACUCUGGAAGCGUGAACUCCUUAAAGCUACUGAGGCAAACCUGGAUGAUGCAAAAUCUUUCGUGAAGAACAUUGAGGACCACGGAUCCACAGACAUAAACGCUGCAGUGCUGGAAGGAGUAAAGAUGAUCAAUCGGCACCCACAAGAGGGAACGGCCUCGAUCUUAAUUCUACUGACUGAUGGAGAUCCCACAACAGGUGAAACCAACACAGAGAGGAUUAUGUCUAAUGUGAGAAAGGCCAUUGAGUCAAAGUUUCCCCUCUAUUGUCUUGGUUUCGGAUAUGAUGUGAAUUUUGAUUUCCUAACAAAAAUGUCACUGGAAAAUAAUGGAGUUGCUCGCAGAAUAUAUGAGGAUUCUGAUGCCGAUCUACAGCUGCAGGGCUUUUAUGAUGAAGUUGCCGUCCCACUCCUAACUGAUAUUCAACUUAACUACAUAGGAGUCUCAAAUCUUACCCAGAACAAUUUUGCCCUGUACUUCAACGGCUCUGAAAUUGUGGUAUCCGGACAAAUUACAGACAACAAUGUGGAGAGCAUCAGCACUGAAGUCAUCGCAAUAUCAAAAGGCAAUAAGGUGACGUACCAUGAUGCUGUUAUAACAAAAGAUGUAACUGAUGUCUUAUCUGAACAUGAAGAUUUUAUGGAAAGACUGUGGGCCUACCUUACAGUGAAACAACUUCUGGACAAACAGGUUCUUCUUGAAGGUGCAGAACAAGAGGCUGUAAAGAAUGAAUCUCUCAAACUUUCACUCAAAUAUCAGUUUGUUACACCUCUCACAUCUAUGGUUGUUACCAAGCCACAGGAAGGUGACGUGGAGAUUGCAGACAAACCUAAAGAGGGAAAAGAAUCACACAGACCUUCAGUUUCUAGUACAUCAAGAAGCCAUAAGAUACUUUCAGGAACACCAUCACGUAGAGUGAUGUCAUCUAGUCGAGCUGUUUCAGAUAGACCUCCAAUACUUCACAAACUUUCUAGAGGAAGCCAUAUGAUACAUUCAGGAGCACCACUUUUAACAAGUUAUAACGUGCUGUCAUCUAGUCACCGUCCAGCUGUUUCAGAUAGAACGGCAGUAUUUCAAUCUAAAGGAGACGUUCCUUCAGAUCCCCCGAUUUGGACUGGUGUCUGCAAGGAGGAUGACAUUCUUUUUUACAGCCAAAGGGUUGUGGAUCAUACAUUUCGUUUUGCAGCUGGAUAUAACAGUAAUCGUUUUUUGCUGCCUGCUGAUGGUCAGUCUAAACCACUUUGUUUUGAUGUUCUUCUUCAUCACAAACUCAGACUGUUGGAGGAUUCCUCUAGAGAGUUUUAUAUGAAUGGAGAAUCGCAGACAACUAAAACAGGAUUUUCAAAAAUUGCCUUUCAUUAUAAAAAGACCCAUAAUCUCACAAUAACCACAAACUCCAUCAGUUACCGUAAUGACAAGGACAAUGUUGAUUUACUGUGGGGCGAGAACUUUACCCUACCUAACACUGAUGGCGUGGAUCUGAUCAUAACAUGCAAUAAAAUCAAUGUUAGCAUGGGGGAUUUCAGUGUCUCCGUUCUUCUUCAUAAGAAUGAUGGGGGUGUGUAUCUAUGGCCUGCUGUUCAACUAUAUCCACAAGAUGGCAGCCCAACAGGCAUUUUUGGCAAAUACAAUAUUUCAUAUGAAAAGACUCAAGAAUCCAACAAUCCAACUCUAAAGAUUAUGGACAAGAAUGUGAAUGCAACUUGGGCCCAUGUGAAAGACUUCACAAAGCAUUCAAUUCCUAAUGUCAGAUGUUGGCUUGUGCCGUUCGAUGAUGUGAUGAACAGAAAAAUAUCUGAUUUCAUUGUUCCUCAGAUAUAGAGUUCAAAGCAAAAAAAUUGUAUCAUCUGAUAUAUUUUGAUGGUUCAUUUAUUCUUUCAAGUAAAUGCUUAAGUGGUUGAAUCACCAAAUUUAAUAAAGCACAUUACAAGUGA